AUGGGUGUUGAAAAGUUCCAAACUUUCAUCUUAAUUUCAACGAUCUCGACCUUGAUUUGCAUCUGCCAUGGAUUAUUCACACCAAAGGACAAUUACCUAAUCAACUGUGGCUCACAAUCCAAUUCCACCGUAAUGGGUCGAGUCUUCAUCUCCGAUAAGCUCUCCUCCAACUUACUCACAUCCCCAAAAGAGAUCCUCGCAAGUCAAACCGCAAAUUCCGACAUUUACUCCACGGCGAGAGUCUUCACCGGAGUCUCCUCCUACAAAUUCUCCGUAACCGCUCGCGGCCGUCACUGGGUCCGUCUCCACUUCGAUCCAUUCGAUUACCAAACUUACCAAAUGAACACCGCCAAAUUCUCCGUCUCCUCCCAAACCCACGUCCUCUUAAGCGACUUCACAAUCAAAAAGAGCUCGAGAGUUGUAAAAGAGUACUCUUUGAACAUCACCACCGACGAUCUCAUCCUCACAUUCACUCCUUCCUCUAACUCCUUCGCCUUCGUCAACGCAAUCGAAGUCAUCUCAAUCCCGGAGACAUUAAUCACUUCCUCUCCUCCUCCAAGACUAGUAGGCUCAGGAACGUUUCAGCAGAGCUUAUCCUCACAAGCUCUCGAAACCGUUCACAGAGUCAACAUGGGAGGCUCUCUCGUCGCAGCCAACAACGACACUCUCACAAGAACUUGGCUCCCUGACUCCACCUUCCUCCUCGAGAAGAAUCUCGCCACUUCCGUCACCAAGCUCGCAACCGUCAACUACGUUCCAGGCUACGCGACGGAGGAAACCGCUCCGAGAACCGUCUACGGAACCUGCACGCAGAUGAACUCCGUCGCCGCGCAAGAUCCCUCCAGCAACUUCAAUGUGACAUGGGAGUUCGAGGUCGAUCCCGGUUUCCAGUACUUUCUCCGGUUCCAUUUCUGUGAUAUAGUCAGCUUGGCUCUCAACCAGCUCUACUUCAACCUCUAUGUAGAUUCAAUGCUCGCUGUGAUGGACGUUGAUCUCAGCACUUACGUGGACAACACGCUCGCUGGCGCCUACAACAUGGAUUUCGUCACUCCUUCGCCGAAAGGUAGCAACAAGAUCCGUGUCAGCAUCGGUCCUUCGAACGUUCACACUGAUUAUCCGAAUGCUAUUGUGAACGGAUUGGAGAUCAUGAAGAUGAAUAACUCUAAAGGUCAGCUGAGUACAGGAACGUUUGUGGCUCCUGGUGGCUCCACCGUUAAGAAGAAGAAUCUAGGGUUGAUUGUAGGUGCAACGGUGGGUCCGUUGCUAGGGUUAGUCUUGUUGGGAUGUUGCUUUGUGCUGUGCAAGAAGCGGAAACGAAGCCGGCGAGGGCAAGACGGUCAUUCGAAGAGUUGGAUGCCGUUUUCGAUCAACGGAACUUCCGUGGGAAGCAAGGGAUCGAAUGGAACUACGCUUAUGAGUAUAACCACCAAUGCUAACUACCGUAUUCCGUUCGCGGCGGUGAAAGACGCGACGAACAACUUCGACGAGAGCAGGAACAUCGGUGUGGGAGGGUUCGGGAAAGUCUACAAAGGAGAGCUCAACGACGGGACGAGAGUAGCUGUGAAGAGAGGAAACCCUAAGUCUCAGCAAGGGCUUGCGGAGUUCAGGACGGAGAUCGAGAUGUUGUCUCAGUUUCGUCACCGGCAUUUGGUUUCUCUGAUCGGUUACUGUGAUGAGAACAGCGAGAUGAUACUCAUCUACGAGUAUAUGGAGAACGGGACUGUCAAGAGUCAUCUCUACGGCUCUGGUUUACCUAGCUUGACGUGGAAGCAACGUCUUGAGAUUUGUAUUGGCGCGGCUAGAGGAUUGCAUUACCUUCACACUGGUGACUCGAAGCCUGUGAUUCACAGAGACGUGAAGUCUGCGAACAUAUUGCUUGAUGAGAACUUCAUGGCGAAAGUUGCGGACUUUGGACUGUCUAAGACCGGACCUGAGCUUGAUCAGACUCAUGUGAGCACUGCGGUGAAAGGGAGCUUCGGUUAUCUUGAUCCUGAGUACUUUAGAAGGCAACAGCUUACUGAUAAGUCCGAUGUUUACUCGUUCGGGGUUGUUCUGUUUGAGGUUCUUUGCGCUAGGCCUGUGAUUGACCCGACGCUGCCGAGGGAGAUGGUGAAUCUUGCGGAGUGGGCGAUGAAAUGGCAGAAGAAAGGGCAGUUGGAUCAGAUCAUUGAUCAGUCGCUUAGAGGGAACAUUAGGCCUGACUCGUUGAGGAAGUUUGCGGAGACGGGUGAGAAGUGUUUGGCUGAUUACGGAGUUGAUAGGCCGUCUAUGGGAGAUGUGUUGUGGAAUCUUGAAUAUGCGUUGCAGCUUCAAGAAGCGGUUGUUGAUGAUGGCGGCGAGCCGGAGGAGAAUAGCACGAAUAUGAUCGGGGAGUUACCGACGCAGAUCAAUGAUUUCAGUCAGGGAGAUACGAGUGUUAAUGUUCCCGGAACGGCGGGGAGGUUUGAGGAGUCGAGCAUUGAUGAUCUCUCUGGUGUUUCCAUGAGUAAAGUGUUUUCUCAGCUGGUGAAAUCGGAAGGAAGAUGA